CUGUCUGACGUCCACGUCUGUCAUUUCAUUCAUUUACAAAUAAAAAUCGGUGAAAAUCCUCAAUUUUUCAUUUACCGAAAGAAAAAUACUUUCAAUUAUCGCAAUUUAAAUAUGGAUUUCUUCACCUCCAUUCCAACGCACAUUGACUACGUCGGACAAGCAAAAGCAGAAAAGUUGUAUAGGGCUAUUAUCACAUUAUUUAGCAUCGUUGGUUUCAUUUGGGGCUACAUCGUGCAGCAGUUUUCCCAGUCUGUUUACAUUUUGGGAGCUGGAUUUAUACUGGCUGCUAUCCUAACCUUACCACCGUGGCCCAUGUAUCGCAGAAAUCCUCUGAACUGGCAAAACCCAAGGAACCCAGAAGAGAAAACAUCCAGCAAAAAGAAGAAAUAGAUUUGUGCAUUUAUGACGUGGCGAUAUCUCAUUUACUUGUAAAAAAAUAAACAGAUUUUAAGGUAAAA